AUGAGGGAAGGAAGGCUAAAUGACAUCACGGACCCCAAUGUGUAUAACAAAGAUGGGGAAGUGAGGAAGCUGCCGCCCUCCGCCACCAGCACUGCUGCCGCCCUCGACCACCAGCUGCCGCCUCGACCACCAGCUGCCGCCCUCUACCAGUUGCCGCCCUCGACCACCAGCUGCCCCUCGACCACCAGCUGCCCUCCACCAGCUGCCGCCCUCUACCACCAGCUGCCGCCCUCUCCACCAGUGCCGCCCUCGACCCAGCUGCGCCCUCUACCACCAUGCCUCACCAGCUGCCUCCCCAGCUGCCGCCCUCCGCCACCAGCUGCCGCCCUCAACCACCAGCUGCCGCCCUCCCCAGCUGCCCUCUACACAGCUGCCGCCCUCACCACCAGCUGCCGCCCUCCGCCACCAGCUGCCUCCUACCAACUGCCGCCUCGACCACUAGCUGCCGCCCUCUACCACCAGCUGCCGCCCUCGACCACCAGCUGCCGCUCCCUCGCUACACCGCCCUCCACCAGCUGCCCCCUCGACCACCAGUGCUGCCCUCCACCACAGCUGCCGCCCUCUACCACCAGCUCAGCCCUCCACACUCCUCCUACCAUGCCGCCCUCCACCACCAGCUGCCGCCCUCGACCACCAGCUGCCGCCCUCGACCACCAGCUGCUGCCCUCGACCACCAGCUGCCGCCCUCGACCACCAGCUGCCGCCCUCGACCACCAGCUGCCGCCCUCGACCACCAGCUGCCGCCCUCGACCACCAGCUGCCGCCCUCGACCACCAGCUGCCGCCCUCGACCACCAGCUGCCGCCCUCGACCUAGCUGCCGCCCUCGACCACCAGCUGCCGCCCUCUACCACCAACUGAGUACCAGAACACUAUCUUUACAACCCACGACAAGCCACACUAACAAGCCACCCUAA